UCCCUCUGUAAACGGGGAGUAUAAUUAAAGAAAAGCGCAACCAACCGCCCCAUCGGCUCACCUUUUGUGGCUCCUCUUCCUUGACGUCCAAGAAAACGAUGGAAGCCCUUCCGGCCAUGGUGUUCGAUGAAUCCGAGUGGAUCCUAGCCGACGCCGUCCUCGACGACGACACCCUUAUCGCCUCCUCCAAGGGCAUCGACGCCGACUGGGUCGUCACAGACGGCAACGAGGGCGCCGUCUCCGGCGUCUUCUUUCACCCCUCCGCUCCCGCCCGCUGCCGAUUACGCCUCUGCUACGCCCCCUUCGGCGGCCUCCCACCCGCCCUUCCCGACCCCUCCCUCUCCUUCCUCCCCCCUGCCGCCGCCGCCCGCUCCUCCUCUUUCGGUCUCCUCCUCCUCCGCGGCCCCUGGUCUACCUACUACGUCUGCAACCCGGCCACCGCCGAGUGUCGCACCAUCCCGCGCCCCCCGAAGCCCCACCCGUACGACCCCGCCGUCGCGCUCGUCGCCAGCCCGGUCGACCCCGCCCGUUUCCACCUCGUCUGCGCCCUCGACGCCCCCGGCGGCGGCUACCGCUUCGAGAUCUUCUCUUCCGUCUCGGGCGCCUGGCGGCAGGCGUCCGCCGUGGCCGCUUCCGCAGAUCCCAUCGUCCCCGGCUCCGGUGUCUCAGCUGCCGGAGCGGCGUACUGGCGGACGUCCACCCCCGCGGUUCUCGCCUACGACCCGGAGGCCGACGAGGCAAGGGUGAUCCUUCCGCCACCGAGGUGCGGCGACGCCAGCGAGCUGUGGCAGCUGGGAAAGGCCGGCGACGACGGGAGGUUGUGCUGCGCGUGCGUGACGGGAUCUGCGGUCGUGGUCUACUGCCUGGGGCCUGCCGACGAAUGGACCGUGCUCGGCUCGCUUCCCCUGGCAGUAGUCGGCGGAAGCGAGGCGGUGGAGUGGGACAACGGUGACCCGAUCGCGUGCAAGGAGCCCCCGCGGCCGCUGCGGUUCGAGAGCACGAAUCUUGAGGUGGUGCUGUGGGUGGACGGCCGCGUGCUGGCCGUGGACCUCGACAGCCGCCGGGUGAGGGAGGUCCGGUUCAAUGGGCCGGCUCCGGGUCACGACGAAGACUACGUGUCUUACAUCAGCACCGUUGCUCCCGUGGCUCCCGUGGCGUCCGGCUAACGGACGGUGACGCUUCCAUCCCCCGUGAACAUAUGCACUACUUUUAAUACUCGAUAUGACUAUUGAUGCCAUGAAUAAUGUGACAUUUGGGAUACUCGUAUUAUGAAACACUCGCGUGUUGAUCAUUGCUCUAAUCAAUUGCUGUGACAAAUAACAUGAUUCCUUCCGUCUUUUAUAAA